AUGCUCUCACGUGUUGCUGCAGUGAAGGCACCUCGCACACACAACCGUUGCCGCGUGACCGGAUCCAGCGGAAGGAGGAGGGAAGGAGGAGAGAGUGAGCCGCAGAGGCCCAACAUGUCCCGGCAUCUCUUCUACUCUGCGGUGCUGCUCCUCGUCGUGAUGAUGUGCUGCGGCACUGGAGGUGCUGCGGAAAUUGCGGGGCAGUCAACAGUUUCAAAGUUUGAAUGGAAGGACGUCAAGAUUGAGGAUGAAACUGUGGAGUCGUUGGGUGCUGCGGGCCUUCUAAACGUGGGGAGUGACGUGUUUGCCGUUGCCGAAGCGCAGUGCAAAAAGGAUAGCGUCAUUUUUACUGGCGUUGCAUCCCAAAUUAUCACGAAAGAUAAUGCUAACACACCGGUGGAAGUUCUGAAGGAUCCUAAAGAUAAGACACGAUUUCUGGAAGACGGUUCCGAAGUCCAAAAGAAGAAAGUGGAUGUGAGCCGACCAACAACAGUUGUGCAGGAAAAUGAUAUUUACGUGCUUGUUGGGAAAUACAGCCAGGCAGCUGUUGGUGCUCAGAAUAGCGGUGCCGAGGACUGCGGACUUUUGCUGGUGAAAGGGAACGUCAGUGAAGAAAAUAGCGGCGAAAAAAGAAUCCAUUGGAAAGAUAAUGACGAUGUCUCGCGUAUUUCUGUUGGCGAACUCGAUUCUUGGACACGGCUGUUUGGCAGUGGUGGAUCGGGUAUUAAGAUGAAGGACGGUACGCUUGUGUUUCCAGUGGAAGGCACGAAGAAGGAGGGUGACGCACCAAAGGAUGAAAAGGCCGUUUCUCUGAUCAUACACACCUUGAAGGAUGCUAAGAGUUGGACGCUGUCGAAGGAGGUUCCUUACGAUGGCUGCAGUGAUCCCUCCGUCGUGGAGUGGGGACAGAAGGACAAAAAACUCAUCAUGAUGACUGCGUGUGAUGAUGGCCGCCGCAGGGUGUACGAGUCCGGUGACAUGGGGGAGUCGUGGACGGAGGCGCUCGGGACACUCUCGCGCGUGUGGGGCAACAAACAGGGCGAAGGGGCGAAGGGCGUUAGAAGCGGGUUCAUCACAGCGACGAUUGGCGAUGAUGAUAAGAAAAAUGUGAUGCUUGUGACUCUGCCGGUUUAUCCCGAGAAGGCUGAUAAAAAAGAAAAAGGUGAACUCCAUCUUUGGCUGACGGACAAUACGCACAUUGUUGAUAUUGGGCCGGUAUCCGAUGAUGACGCUGCUGCCAGCUCCCUGCUGUACAAAAGUGCUGGAAGUGGAGAUAAUAAUAAUGAGCAGAAGGAGAAGUUGAUUGCACUGUACGAGAAGAAGGACGAUGGGAAACCAUCACACAGUCUUUGGUCUGUGCUUCUGACUGAGCAGCUGCAGCGUGUGAAGGACGUGCUGGCGACGUGGAAGAAAGUGGACAAAACUGUCUCCAAACUGUGCCCCUCAAGUGCUGAGAAUGAUGGCUCAACUGGCAAUGACUGCAGCGCUGUCAUUCCGACGGAUGGGCUGGUUGGCUUUUUGUCCGGCAACUUCUCUAAUGACACAUGGAGGGACGAGUACCUCGGGGUGAACGCCACAGUGAAGGAGAAUGAAGGGGCUGCAAGGGCAACAAAGACUUCCGAUGGUGUGAAUUUCACGGGAGCGUGGGCGGAGUGGCCUGUUGGCGAGCAGGGGGAGAAUCAGCUGUACCACUUUGCGAACUACAACUUCACUCUUGUGGCAACGGUAUCCAUCGACAAUGUGCCGGAGGAGGGAGAUACUCCAAUUUCUUUGAUGGGUGUGAAAGUGAAUGACAGUGAGAAGACUGUACUCCUGGAACUGUCGUACAACAAAGAAAAGAAGUGGAAAUUACUGUGCGGUGACGAAACGCCUAAGGAA